AUGAAUUUCUUUUCGUGUGGCUGCGGGACGCAGCUGCGUGAACUUGGCGGGCCGCCGCCUUUUUCUUCCUUCCCUCUCCCUGCCCUCACUCUCUGCGCCGCACCCCACCGCGCUCCCCAUUUCUCUCUCUGUUUCUUCUUCGCCGCUGCCCCGCAGCCCACUGGCUCCGCUGCGACGCUACUGCCACCACCACCGCCGCUGUUUUUACUGAUGGCGCUGACGGUGCGGCGCCGUGCGGUGUGCGCCCUGGCGCUCCUCGCGCUGCUCUGCGCCUGCGGCUGCGCCUCCGCGUGCGUCGCGGCGGCCGAGAAGGAGGUGGAUGUGCCGGUGGAUUUCUCGUGUGCGGACGCCGCCGACACGUGA